AUGCCGCCUCCCCAUACUGCCUCCGAUAAGUCUAGACAGUCGUCAGCGGGCAAAUCGUUUUUCGGAAGAAAAUUACAUAAGGAUCGUCCCCCAGAUACCCGGUUGGAAGGCAACGGUGGUCUGGAGGUGUUUGGGGCUAGCGGCUCUGCGUCGGGAUCACGCUCCUCCCGGCAUUCCAAGCGCGAAUCCGUACUCUCGGUGGACGUACCUUUUGACCAAGAAGGCUUCGGAAUGUCGUCUGGUAUUAUCACCGCUAUCCCUUACGAUAGCGUCGCGCCAGACCCCAAAUCACCGAUCCCCGUUGAUUACCUCCCGAAAGUAGACCAGCAACCACGAAAGGAGCCGUCUCCCCAUCACCUAAAUAAGCCGGGAUUUGACCACCACCAGUAUCCGUCGUGGAAUGGCCAAGUGCCAUCUACUGGGUCAUCCCACCCGGGCGGCCCAAGGCCUCCGCCGAGUGCCAAUACAACAAUGGCUGCAGGCCAGACGGGGGACAAGGGACCCAAAUACCAGCAAUGGGGUGGGCCAGGAAACGGCUACCCUUCCUACUCGACGCCCGACUCGUCGACAAAUUCCCGCACAUCCCUAGACCAGAAUAGCAUUUACUCAUCUAUGUCAUCCGCCACGCGAGGCUCCACUCAAACCUCCAUUGACACUUCCUCCCGUCCGUACACAUCCCAGUCUAAUGAACGAUAUGCGCUACCCUCCGCGUCAUCAGCACCCAGAUACUCCUCCACAACACAAGCGCAAUACUCCUCUACCAGUCCCUCAUCCUCGUUGACAGUUUCUGCCGACGGAAGCAUGAAUCGACCGAAAGAUGAUAGAAUCGUUGACCAAAUGUUCUACGAACUGAUGAUCAAGAGAGGGUGGCAGAACCUACCGGAGCAAGCGAAGAGACAGAUGCUCGCAUACCCAGCCUCCAAGAAGUGGACUCUAGUGCACCAGGACCGUCUGACGCAAUGGCAGGGGGAGCAAAAGAGAAAGCAAAAUGCUCGGCUCACAUAUGGCUCUGCCGAUGGCACCGCAGGCCUGCUCUCAAGAGCAGACGAAGAAGGGAGCCCGGAGUGGUAUGUGAAAAAGGUAAUGGAUGAUUCGAUCAAUACAAAACAGUUACAAAGUCUCAGUGUUAGUUUGCGGACGCAACCAAUAAUCUGGGUAAAAUCAUUUGUGGAAGCCCAAGGACCUAUUGCCCUGACAAGCGUCCUUAUCAAAAUUAAUCGACGGAAAGCCUCUGGACCAGCUCCAGCUUCAUCGGCAUCCGGCGACAGGGACCUCGAUCGCGAAUAUGAUAUCGCGAAAUGCCUCAAGGCAUUAAUGAAUAAUAAAUAUGGCGCUGACAAUGCUCUGGAGCAUCAACAAGUCAUUAUCGCACUCGCCAGUUCGUUAAUAUCUCCACGUCUGACCACACGCAAAAUGGUCAGCGAAAUAUUGACGUUCCUUUGUCAUUGGGCUGAUGGCAAGGGCCAUCAGAAGGUUCUCCAAGCAAUGGACACUGUUAAAAACAUGCAAGGAGAGACUGGUCGUUUCGAUGCCUGGAUGCGCAUUGUCGAGGUUACUAUCGACGGACGAGGGAAAAUGGGAAGCCUUGUUGGUGCCAGCGAAGAAUUUCGAAGUGGAGGCAUAGGCAUGGAGAACUUGUUGAUGGAGUAUGCGCUCUUUACCAUGUUCUUGAUCAAUAUGAUCGUCGACGCAGCAGAGCAUGAUCUGCAGCUUCGCUGCCAUAUCAGGGCACAGUUCACCUCUUGCGGGAUAAAGCGACUGCUGGGGAAAAUGGAAGAAUUCCAGUAUGACGCUAUCGACAAACAAAUUGAAAAGUACCGAGAAAAUGAAGCCAUUGAUUAUGAAGAUCUUCUCCAGCGGGAGAAUAGUAGUAUGAAAGAUAGCAUCGAAGGGGAAGUUACUGAUAUGAACGACCCGGUCCAGAUUACGAAUGCGAUAGCGGCUAAGAUGAAGGAUGGCCGUUCACAGGAUUACUUCCUUUCUGCAAUGCAGCACUUACUGCUAAUCCGAGAGAACUCUGGGGAGGAUGGAGUGAGAAUGUUCCAACUCGUGGAUGCCAUGCUUAGUUAUGUGGCCAUGGAUCGUCGGCUUCCAGAUUUAGAUCUGAAGCAAAGUUUAAAUUUUACGGUCCAGAGCUUGCUUGAUAAACUACAUACAGACGCAGAGGCAAGGCGCGCAUUCGAUGAGUCUCUUGAAGCGCGGCAGAUUGCAGACGCCGCCAUUGCCGAGAGAGACGAGGUGAGGGCACAGCUUGAGCUUGGUGCUGACGGGCUAGUUAAAAAGCUCCAGAAGCAGAUUGAAGAGCAAACGGAUAUCAUUAAUCUCCAGUCACGACAGAAGGAUGCCUUGAAGGCAGAACUGGAGGAUCUUCAGCGACUACGGAGUCAGGAAUUGCAGCGGAAUGAGUUGGAGACACGCGAAUUGUAUCUUAUGCUUCGUGACGCACAGGAAGUUGCGGCCUCCAAAGCACAGAAAGCGGGACAAGAGAUUCUUGGCGACACAGAUCCGGCUCAGAUGAAUGGCAUUCUCGAUCGUGAAAAACUUAUGAGUCGUCUCGAGAAACAACUGGAGCGAACCAAGACGCAAUUCAAGCUUGAGGGUAGAGUUUGGGAGGAGGGUGGGGAAUCGGAUAGGCUGCGCGAAUUGCGCGAGCAAAUGGAUGGCGGUGACAUCGGAUCAGCUGGUGGAUUCGAUGAGGAAACGAAACGAACUUUCACUAAUAGCACGUUUGGCGUUGUUUCCCGGAACCGAAGUCAGGGCGCCAAUAAGAAGGACGUUGAAGAUGAGCAGCAUCUUUCCGACGUUGGUGAGGAGGAUGGUGACGAGCAAGGUGUUGUAGAACGGCCGCGAUUAGUUGAGAUCAAACGGCCUCGCAUGAACCCUAUGCAAGCGACUGGAUUGUUGGGCGAAAUUGCGUCCAGGGUACAGAAGAUUGACGAAAGUGAUGACGAGAAAGAUGAAAGUAAAAAGCCGAAGCCAGAGCCUACUACAACUCCUAAACCGCCUCCACCACCUCCGCCACCUCCUGCAGUUGGUGGCCCGCUGCCUCCUCCACCCCCUCCUCCACCGCCUCCUCCAGGUGUUGGCCUACCACCCCCACCUCCACCCCCUCCGCCAGGUGUUGGCGCUCCUCCACCACCCCCGCCCCCUCCUCCCGGCAUAGGUGGCCCACCCCCUCCUCCACCGCCACCACCCCCUCCGCCAGGUGUUGGUGCUCCUCCCCCACCACCGCCCCCUCCUCCCGGCGCGGGUGGCCCUCCCCCUCCUCCGCCGCCACCUCCAGGCGUUGGAGGUCCUCCACCGCCCCCACCCCCUCCACCAGCUGGAUCAAGCAUAGGCAGCUGGAAGAAGACGUACCUGCCUGCGGAUGCUCCUGCAGCCACUAUUGGGUUGCCGUUCAUUCGACCGAAAAAGAAGUUAAAGGCUCUGCAUUGGGAGAAAGUCGAUUCUCCUCAAGUAACUGUCUGGGCAGCGCAUGCUCCCACGCCUGAAGCGAAAGAAGAGAAAUAUACCGAGCUCGCCAAGAAGGGCGUUCUGGACGAAGUUGAGAGACUAUUUAGAGCCAAGGAGACAAAGGUUCUGGGAACUGGCACGGGUAAAAAGAAAGACAAGAAGCAAAUCAUACCAGGUUCUCUCAUGCAUAAGUUUCAGAUCUCAAUGGCCAAAUUUUCGGAGCUCUCACCUGAUGAGGUUGUGCGGAAAAUCAUCCACUGCGAUCCCGAUAUUGUAAACAAUAAUGUUGUAAUGGAAUUCUUGCAGAAGGACGAACUCUGCAGCGUUCCAGAAAACAUUGCCAAGGCAAUGGCGCCCUACUGCAAAGAUUGGACGGGCCCUGACGCGGCAAACUCGCCCCGAGAUCAAGACCCGAGUGAACUCACGCGUGAGGAUCAAAUUUAUCUUCAGACUGCCGUCGAGCUUAAUCAUUAUUGGAGAGGACGGAUGCGCGCUCUUCAGCUAACUCGCACCUUCGAGUCGGAUUAUGACGAUUUAUCCGCAAAGCUACAGGAAAUCGUUCGUGUUUGUGAAUCUCUCCGUGAUUCGGUGUCAUUAAUGAACGUUCUUGGUCUGAUUUUGGACAUUGGGAAUUUCAUGAAUGGGGCAAACAAACAAGCUGUUGGAUUCAAGCUCAGCUCCCUUUCUCGCCUGGCUAUGGUUAAGGAUGAUAAGAACGAAUCGACAUUUGCUGACCUGGUAGAACGGAUUGUGCGAAACCAAUACCCGGAGUGGGAAGGCUUCGUGGAGGAGAUUGGUGGUGUCGUCGCUGUUCAAAAGGUGAACGUGGACCAGCUCCGGACCGAAGCGCAAACAUAUAUCAGCACAAUCAAGAAUGUUCAGGCCAGCUUGGAUUCCGGCAAUCUGAGUGACCCGAAGAAAUUCCACCCACAAGAUCGGGUCAAUCAGGUAGUCCAACGGUCAAUGAAGGAUGCCAGACGUAAAGGUGAACAGAUGCAGCUGUAUCUUGAUGAAAUGUCGAAGACAUAUGAUGAUAUCAUGGUCUUCUACGGCGAAAAUAGCUCGGAUGACAAUGCAAGAAGGGACUUCUUCAGCAAGCUCGCCGCGUUUGUCACGGAGUGGAAGAAUUCGAAGGAGAAGAAUAUGUCUUGGGAAGAAUCGCGGCGGCGAAUGGAUGCAUCGUUGGCACGGAAGCGUAACAAUGCGGCCGCUAUCAACGGCCGUACGGAGAAUGCCGAUGCACAAUCACCGACGUCCAGCGGAGCCAUGGAUACCCUACUAGAGAAGCUGCGAGCCGCUGCACCGCAGGCGCGCGACCAGCGUGAUCGCCGGCGUCGUGCACGACUGAAAGAACGCCACCAGGUCAGGGUUGCGUCCGGCCAGAAAAUGCCAGACUUGUCUGACGGAGCCGGUGAAAAAGCCACCGAAGGCGAUGUCGAGGACGCUAGCAGUACCCCCAACGGCGAUCUCUUGAGUCCACGCAGCCCGACAGAUGAUCCAACGUCUCCUGCGAAAGAAACACAAGUAUCUGAGGGUGAGGACAUCGCUGAUAGGGCUGCAAGCAUGCUUCAGGGGCUUAGAAACGAUAAAGAUGGCGCCGCCGAUCGCGCGCGCCGUAGAGAGACUGCCGAAGAAGCUAGACGCAACCGGAGACUACGGAGGAGGACACCAGUGACUAAUGGAAGCAAGGAUGGCGAUAACGCUGGUGGGCCUCCAUCACCGGCGAAAGCACCUGAUUCCGCGGGAACUGAAGGAGGGUCUCCGGUCAGCUCAACCAUGCCCGAUGAUUUGCCACGGUCGUCGGAAACGCCGUCCAUCGUCGUCUCUGGAAUUAAAGAUGCAGAAGCAGAACCAUCGUCAUGA